AUGAGGCCGAUGCUUCUAACUGUGGCUCUUCUUGUCUUGGUCUCUGUACCCUGGGCGCAGGCAGUGUGGCUGGGAAGGCUGGACCCUAAGCAGCUCCUCGGGCCCUGGUACAUCCUGGCUGUGGCCUCCCGGGCAAAGGACUUUAUGAUGGAGAAGGACAUGAAGAACGUGGAAGGUGUUGUGGUGACUCUCACUACGGAUAACAAACUGAGAGUUCAGUCCUCUAGGCAUGGGCCACAUGGGUGUCACCAGAGCACCAUAGAGCUGCUGAAACAAGAUUCCCGCUGGGUGUUUGAGAACCCUUCUCUGGGUGUAUUGGAUUAUCGGGUACUGGGCACCAACUUCAAGGACUACGCUGUCAUUUUCACACAGCUGGAAUUUGGCGACGAGGCCUUCAACACAGUGGAGCUGUACAGUCGGACGGAGAUGGCCAGCCCCGAAGCCACGCAGCUGUUCACCAAAUGGAGCCAGGGUCUGGGCUUCUUGUCCAAGCAGCAGGCCCAGCUGCGGAAGGACUUCACAUGUGCACACAAGAUCCUCCAGUGAGUGCCACACCCUGGAGACAGCACCACAGCAUCCUGGCAUCCUGGUGGAGGCGGGCAGGCACUGUGUUUGCUCAGUGGCUAGUGGCACUAGUAGUGUUGGUUAGCUGCCC